GCCAGCCUGACGUAUAUAUGUAACCUAAGUCCUACGAUCGAAGGAGACCAGGCAGCUUCCUGCAUUUCAAUUUUCAGGGAUGGAACAAGAUAAUGCAGAGGCGAAGCAAGUUGGAGAUCAGAGCCAGAGCUCCCAAAAGGGUAAAAACGCUGAACCAGAAAGCCCAAAGCUUAGUGACACAAAAAAGCUUAUCGAGUUCAUGGAAAGUCACUAUGAUGAAUUCGUCGCCCGUGUACAAACCUUUGAUGAAUUCUACCACGCCAUUUUUGAACUCAUCGAAAUGUUUUGCGAGGAACGCGGGCAGCUGCAGUACAGGAUACCGGAGAAAAGGAUCCUUGAGGAUGCAUAUAAAAAGCAUCACAGGUCGGAGGGCGAGCUGAAGAAGGAUGAGUUCGUGGAGAUCAGCAAGGAGGUGCUCAAGAUGGAGAGCUUCACCUUUGGGAAGGCGACGAUGGAAUUCGCCAUGUUCCUGUUCGGCGCCCCGGCGUGCGCGUUCCUGGCGAAGCGGAUCCUGCCUGGGCUGGGGUGGCUGUCGGACGACAUCGUCAUCCCUCUGGCCACCUCCGGUUCCGUCGCCUACCUCAUCAAGUCCAAGAGGCUCUGAUUUCUGCUGCCUGCAUGCCCCAGUUGGUUGGUGACACAAGUGUACAGUAGAUGAAAUGAGGAGCGUGGUUACAUCAACCAAUAAUCGGAAAAAGAUACUCCAUCAAAUAUGCAAAUGCUUCAUGAUGAAA